GCUUGUGUGACCUGGUCUGUACCACCUUGCUUACACAAACUCAUUCAUAUUCAAGGUUUCAUGGAAAAGACAAGUUAUUUUGUUUCAGAUUUAUAGACGAUAUGGGCAGACUUCGUGAAUGUAUGGUCGUCGUUGCACUCGGUCUGUGCCUGGGAUCUUUUGCCAAAGGUGCAGACGUUACGUGUCAACCGCCCAACAGCACGGAAUAUUUUAACAGUCUACCCGGCAUACCUAAAUUAGCGGAUGCUUUCCACGUGUGGGUGGAGAUUAGAACAGAAGGAAGCAACAGAACGGAGCUGGUCGAGGAGUCUGUGGAUAACAGCAGCAACAGAGCCGUCCUCCGCCUCCUCAGCAAUGGCCGAGAGACCAAAACCAUCUUUUUGUACGACGUGCAACAGACAUUGGUCUUCAGGGACACAAACUGUACAGUAGCUAACAUCAUUUCCGACCCCAGCCUCUUCGUUUCCAAGGCACAGAAUGCGAGUGGUAUGACCUACCUCCCUACGCAACUAUUCUUCAAUCUUUCUGCUCCCAAGGUGUAUGCCGGUAGACAGGAAGUCAGGGGCUUACCUUGUGAUCGAUGGCACGCGUGUGUAUCCACGCCGCACGUGAAUUACACUGUGGAUUUUUAUUUCACAGUGCAUGACUGGCAGACGCCUUCCAGCAGCCCGCAGGUACCCGUCAGGUUCAUGGUGCAAGGACAGCAAGCACUUGACGCAGGCUCCCCGUCUCUCUUCAGUCGCGUGUAUGACUUCUUUGGGUAUGAACCACAGAGUGUCGUUAAUGAAGAAGUCUUUGAGACAACCAAAGGAAUUGUGUGUCAUGGAAGGGAAACAAUGUGGGUCGUACCCGUCCUAAGUGGUGAAUAUUAUCAUCACUAUCGGCAAGAGGCCGUCGAUGUUUUGAACAAUGUUGUCCGCGGGUCAGAGGUAUGGUUCGACUCAACGAACAAGUUUUCUCGAAUGGAUUAUAACCUGCCUGAUGCGGGGCCUGUCUCAGAGGUGCACGACUUCAACUUUGGGGUGCGUUACCUAAGAGAUGUGAUUUCGGGACAGUGCACACCGACGAGCUUAGAACAAGAGGCCAUCGACUCCAGACUAAACACUCAAGCUUACCUGUUGAAUGGCAGCUAUGUGCUUACGAUUAAAGACCCUCUAAAUUCCUUUCUUGUUGACUCUGACUUCAGUUACUCAGGGCAGCGGAAGACCAGGGGGGUCAUGUGUAAUGUGUUCACCUCCCAGCGCUCCAACUUUGACUACUUCAACAACGGCAGUGCUUAUACGGCUACGAUUGAAGCCUACUUUGAUUUACUCCUCUUGAACCCCUUCAGACUGGAGGUGACCAUUCCAGAGCUGGGUAUCGACACUAUCUUUAACAUCUACGACUACGACGACCGUUUACCGGAUGUAGAAGUCUUUGAUGUUGCCAGCUGUUUUAAUUCGUCCGCCAGGCUCGACUUUAGGGUCCGUUUUGCAGGCGGCUAUACCUACAGCUACGAAUGGGGACGAAAAUUAGCAUAAAGACCCAAGGGCAUAGCACUCUGGCACGCAUAAUGCAAGUCAGCCUGCUGCGCGUCACGAGGUUUAGGGUGGAAUACGACGAGUCCUCCGUCUACCUGCUGGCAAGUCUUCUCGACCGCACCCCGUCACUAGCCCAGUUCACGCGUCUGGUGAACACAGUCAUCGAGCAGAACGACGACAGUCAGUUCGCCGACAUCCCCAGCGCCGCCGCCUGCAGCGACCUGUGCGUGAACAACCGAGUUCCUGUGCCAGAGCUUCGAGUACUGUCCUCUUGACCAGAAGCCCUGCAGACUCAGCAGAAGCCACGUCAGCGAUGGAGGAGUGUCCGUUGUCACCAGCCGCUGCGACUUGUAUUCAAGGACUAUUAAUGUUCAAGGUUCAAUAGAACCAACAAUUAAAGAGGCAUACUCAAAUCUUCUGGAUAAGUUGUUUUCUGGAGACUUUUCCGUCUUUGUUUCAAUGGGUCAAUACAGUGAAGGUUAUUUUCCCUUAAUUGCUGUAGCUUCAGAAAUAAUGUUUGGUCAUUAUGAUGAUGCGCAACUGCCAUCCCUACCAGCCAAGUUCUCUUAUCGCAUGGAGAUUGUCUUUCCACAGGAAAGUUUGGUUAAUGUCUAUGAUGUAUGGUAUGACUCACCAAACCAGCUUGUGCGCAUUGACUUCCGUGAUACAGUCCCAGGACCUCCUUACUACACAUCCUACACAGUUAGCCGCAUCCAUGACUUCACCAGAGGGAUUGCAUAUGACAUUGACACC